GGGUCGCCGCGGUCGCCGCCAUAUUGUGUACGCGCAGCGCGGCUCGGAGCAGCAUAGCGCGUGUAUGGUAAUAAGUGUAUGGGCCUUUCGUGAAGAGGGAAGAGACUCCUCUCGCAUUCGCGUCAAACGGGUGGCUUGCAGGGGGUGCAUGAAUCCGGCUAACUGGCUGACCGGGCACGUCGCGCGCGCACAAUGGAUCCGUCUAAAUUGAAAGUGAUAGAGUUACGGGCGGCGCUGAGCGAGCGCGGUCUCGACACCAAGGGCAACAAGCCAGUGCUCGUCGAUCGGCUACGCAAGGCUCUGGAGGAGGAGGAGGAAGAGGAGGUGCUGCAGGAGGAGACGCAGCAGCAGGACUAUGGUCAAGAAAAACCUUUGUAUGCGGAGAAUACAGGUGACACAGCCUUCAAAGAAACGCAAGAAAGAAUUGCGGACGCCGCACGGCAACCACCGAGGACACCCAGCAGAGCGUCCAGGAGUUCUUCUAUGGUGACUCCUACAAAGGUUUCUACAAGAAACACAUCGAGAAUAGCUACUACUCCAAAUUCGUCGAAGCAAUCCACUCCGAGUAAACUUCAGUAUAUUGAGAAAUCAUAUGACUCGUUAACGACAAUAUCAGAGUCUACUUCUGAGGAUGUAGUGCAAGAAGAAGGAAUAUCAAAAUGGUCCCCUGAAAAGCCUGAAGAAAAACGGGAAGAUAAUGUUAUUCAGAACAAGAUUUAUUCGCCGCUAAAAUCUCAGGAGGAGGAAGCGAAGCGUGUUAAUAUUUUAGAAGAUAAUAAGUAUGAGGCGAAUGUUCUCCAAGUACCUGUGACAGAGCCGUCUGUAAAAGCUAGUACAAUUGCAUGUGUAGAUCGAUUUUCUAUACCUCGGGAAGAGCACAAAACAAAAGAGUCUAGUAUAGAUGAAGUUUACAAAGUCCUGGAAGAAAAAACCGAAGUUGAGGAAGAUGAUGAGGUCGAUAAAGUGCAAAACACUUUCGGGAAAGGCGUGGAAAAUAAAAUUUCGAUUGGGAAAGAAGACGCAAAAUGUAUAGCAGAUACAUAUAACGUUAAGAAUACUGUAAACAUUCCACAAGUUGAACAACAACAUGUGAUACCUGAUCAGGUAGACAAAUCAUAUAAUGAAGAAAAGACUAUUAAUGAUGAUUAUACAGUGCAAGAUGAAGCGAUGGACGUUUCAGUUAAUGUAGAAGAUGAAGAUGAGAAAGCAGAUAAUAUUCCACAAGAUGAACAGAUUACAGAAACAUCCGAAGUAAAACAAGAUGGUGCAAACAAGCUGGAUGCAGAAGAAUCAAGUCAAAAAGAAUACAGAAAAAGAAAGAGAUCUCCUAGUCCAGCGGAAGUUCAUCAGGCAUCUCCUGUAUCGCAGAAAGUCGAGGAUGAACCAGAUUUCGAUGAAUCAGCCGUGAUCUUAUCUUGGUAUGAUUCCGACUUGAACUUAAUCAUCAACAAAGAAGGAUUUUUCUCUGCCACACCUAUGCACAACAGCGACUUCUGCCACAUAUGGGCUGGCGCAAGAGCAUCUUAUGGUUUUGCGAAUAGGAAAGUAUACUACGAAGCCAAAAUUACAGAACAUCAUGCUGCAGUGAAAGACGAGCAACAUGCACUCAGACUCGGUUGGUCGGUUCUCUUCUCAUCCAUGCAACUCGGCGAGGAGAGACUGAGUUACGCGUACACCAGUUCCGGACAGAAAGGCACCGACUCGAAAUUCACAGAUUACGGCUCGCCAUUCGGCAAGGACGACGUCGUGGGCUGCUACUUGGAUAUGACGCCCGAGGACACCAUAGAGUUAUCCUACACGGUGAACGGCAAGGAUCUCGGAUCCGCGUUCAGCAUCUCCAAGGAGGAGCUCGGCGACAGACCCCUGUUUCCGCACAUUCUCAGCAAAAACUGCACGUUCGUCUGCAAUUUCGGGCAGGAGCAGGGCUGGUGCAAACAAAUUCCCGGUUAUACCUUAGUAGGUAACGUGGAAUCGAAGGACAAAGUUGCCGGGCCGCGUAGACCGGACGCGAAGGCGCACUGCGAGGUGAUCAUGAUGUGCGGGUUACCUGCGGCCGGAAAAACCACCUGGGCGAGGAACCACGCGGCCGAGCAUCCAAAUAAAUUGUAUAAUAUCUUAGCGCUCCACAACUUGGUGGAAAAGACAGGAGACGUUGCUCUGUCGGAUCAGGAAAAUAGUCGACGAGAAGUUAUUGACAAGUGCAAUCGCGCACUCGAUCAGCUGAUCGAAGUGGCAAGUGGCAGAAGGCGUAACUACAUAUUAGAUCAGAAGAGCAACGUAUAUUCUUCCGUACAAAGACGUAAGAUACGAAGUUUCUGCGAAUAUCAGCGAAAAGCCGUCGUUGUGGUACCAACGGAUGAAGAAUACAGUCAACGUUUGUCCGGACACAGUGCGAUCGAAGGAACCGUCUCGGAGUCUGAUCUCAAGGAGAUGAAGGCAAAUUUCGCUGCACCUUCGGCGGGGGAGACUUUCGAAGCGGUGGAGUGGAUCGGACUCGACGAGGAGGAGGGUAAGAAGCUUAUCGAGAAAUACAACAAGGAGGGUAAGGAGGCCGGAUUUGGCCAGCAAUCAACUGCCUCAAAGCGGCCGCGUCUCGACAAGACCGAGGCCAGCAACAGAGAAACGCGCGAUUCGCGAAACAAUCGAGACACGCGAGAUCAUAAUCGAAGAAAUAAUUAUCAAGACAGAGGACGCAAUCCUCCUCCUCGACGUGGUCCCAAUAUGGGUGGUUGGAGAGGAGAGAGACCGCAGAGAUAUAUGAGGCAUGUUGGUGGCUACAUCCCUCCUCCAUGGAGGCUGCGAGGACGACCUGGGCCCGCGAUGAUACGAGGAGUCGACAGAAGAACCGGCGGUGUCGACAGGAGAUCAGGAAAUGACAGAAACCGAUCUGUCGCACCUAGACAGGGAGGUUGGGGUUCUAUGAGCGGGAGUUAUCAAGGAUCGCAGCAGUCUGGAGGUUGGGGUCAAGAUUGGUCGAGUAAUCAGUCCCAGGGUAGCUGGAACCAACAAGGUAGCUGGGGUCAGCAACAAUGGGGAGGCAAUUGGAAAGGAUACGGUCACACGAGCACGUCGUACAGUCAAGCUGGAUACAAUCAACAGGGAUAUGGCAAUGGUAAUUGGAACAGCAGCUGGAAUCAGCAGUAUUACAACAACCAGUAUUGGGGCCAGCAACAACAGAGUGGUCAGACCACUGCAGCUGGCAGCCAAGCUGAGAUUACAAGUGACAUGAUUGCAACUACUUCUACCGAUAUGGGAGCAGGAUACUAUUUGCAAGAAUAACAGAGUCUUAUGCGCAAAUGAAUGAAUUAUCCUUUCGCAGAGCAACUGCAACAAUCAUACAACAAUCUCAUAAGUAGAUAAAAGAAUUUACGUCAAAAUAACACACACAUAUACACACACACACAUCAAAAUAUAUGUAUUGACAAGUGUUUAAAUACGCGAAAAUACUGCUAUUAUGAAGAAAACUUUCUCAUUGCAGCAAAUGAGAAAUUAUUUUAAAAAUUAUAACAGAUACAUCUCUAGCGAGUUUCGAAAAUCCUUACCGGAAACACAGGUCUAAUAAUCUAAGUGCAUUAAAAAAACGAUAAUGUAACACACAUUCGCGAGGAAAAAAAGAGAUAUAACUUUUUAUCGCAACACUUUCUCAAGAAAUCGUAAAAAAAGAGGUAGGAGAAAGAGGAAGAGUACUACGUAUGGGUACAAACUACACGCAAGUAGCAUUAUAAAAAGGUCGAGAAAAGAAAAAAAGUAAUUAUCCUAAAAAGAGCUCGUGUAAAUAUGUACAGAUCUAUAUAAAGUAAAAAGAAUUAUGCAGAAAAAAUUAUUGAUCUAUUUAUACUAAAUAGAUGUAGCGAAUUUGGUUCAAUGGGCACUAGUGUAUUUCUCGGGGAGAUUGUUAGACAGGGUGUCCCAUAGGAAAUUGCUGAAA